GUUGGUCGGUGUUUACAUACAAAACCUAGAAGAAUAUACUAUUUACUAAAAUAUAUCUUUGCUAAUUAUUAGCAGGUAAGUAAUAUAAUAUCAUAAAAUGAUAUUUCCCCUUAUUUUCUGAAAAAUCUAUUUAGAUAUUAUUCUUUGCAUGCAAUGCGUGCUGUGGUGCAACGAGUUAAACAAGCAUCUGUUAGUGUAAAUGAUUCAAUUAUCAGUCAAAUCGGUCGUGGAGUACUUGUUCUUAUUGGCUUAUCACGACGAGAUACAGAAAAUGAUAUGGAGUAUAUGGUUAGAAAAAUACUGAACAUUCGUUUAUUUCCAUCUCAAGAUGGCAUAAAACGUUGGGAUAAAAGUGUAAAAGAUUUAAAUCUGGAAAUUCUUUGUGUUAGUCAGUUCACAUUAUAUAGUGAAUUAAAAGGUAAUAAAUUAGAUUUUCAUUAUGCUAUGGAUCCGAAAUUAUCGAAAGAUAUUUAUUCACAGUUAAUUAAUCAAUUAAAGAAGAAUUAUAAUGAAGAUAAAGUUAAAGAUGGAAUUUUCGGCGCGAUGAUGGAUGUCAGUCUUAUUAACGACGGACCUGUUACUAUUACACUUGAUUCAAAUCCAGAUAUUAGUCGAAGUCUUACAAUAAAUUCACAAGAUGAUCUAAAAACUUCGAAUACAUAAUAACUUAAUGCUGUAAAGUUAUAUUGAUUGUUUAAAUUUAUAACAUUUUGUGAAAAGAAACAUGAGCGCUUUUCGUAACAGUUUUCCUUUUUUGUGACUUCUUCCUGACUAAAAGUUAGGUUUUAAGUUUUUAAUAAACG